CUCGGGCUGACGUCUCCUCUUGGCGGGCUCCGCGAGGGGCUCAGCCUCAUCCCCGGCCGUGCGUCACCCCUGGGACAGGAGCCGUGCGUGUGUGUCAAGGUUAUUCCAGCCGAGCUUGGCCAGCAGCUCCCUGCCAGAGGGAACAGCUCCAGACUGGACACCCUGGCACAUCCCCCCUGCCAGGGGACACCGGCAGGGACGCAGCGUCCCAGCUUGGGGGGUCUCAGAAGCAGAGGAAUUGCCAGCAGGGAAUGUGAGAUGCAUUUGUGUCCAGCUAUCCAGGCAGCAGUUACUGGAGUUGAGCUGAGAGUAUCCCUUAGUUGUUGCAGCUUGAGUGCUCCCAAAUGCAGGAAUCUGAUGGAGUUUCCACUUGGCAGCACUUGGGCACCACAGAGGCUUUCCUGGGAGCAGAGUGGCUUGUGCUUCAUCUUCUGGAUGCCCAAGGAAGGUGUGGGACAACUCCUACUCUCUGCCAGGUUUUGAUUGGCUUUCCAAAGAGGCAGUGUCCUAUAAAUUGCCUUCUCUGCUCUGCUUCUGCCUUAUCACCAGCUGAGGUCCAGCACACCUGAAGGGGAAAGAUGCCAAUCGUCAGGAACCUGGGCAGAGCUGCCAGCCAGCUGCUGCAGAGCUCUGGCUGUGGCUGUGGGGUGUCCCUCGUGCCCGUCCGGGCCAUCGGGGUGUCCCCACGCCAGGUGGCCUCCGACGCCAGCUUCCACUCGGUGACCUUCUCCGAGUCGGAUCAUCCCCGGGUGCUAAUCACAGGUGGUCUUGGCCAGCUCGGGGUGGGACUUGCAAAGCUGCUGAGGAAACGCUUUGGAAAGAACAAUGUGAUCUUGUCUGACAUUAGAAAGCCUGCAGAUAAUGUUUUUUAUAGUGGUCCUUUCAUCUUCGCGGAUAUCUUGGACUACAAGAACCUGCGGGAGAUCGUGGUGAACAACCGCAUCACGUGGCUGUUCCACUACAGCGCCCUGCUCAGCGCCGUGGGAGAGGCCAACGUGCCCUUGGCCAGAGCUGUCAAUAUCACUGGUUUACACAAUGUUCUGGAUAUUGCAGCUGAGCACAAUUUGAGGCUCUUUGUUCCAAGCACCAUUGGAGCCUUUGGACCCACCUCUCCUCGAGAUCCAACUCCUGAUCUCUGCAUUCAGAGACCAAGGACAAUCUAUGGAGUCUCCAAGGUCCACGCUGAGCUCAUGGGAGAAGUGAGAAUUUUUCAUUUUAUUAAUUUCCUAAAAGGUCUGGUUGGACAGGGCUUGGAGCAGCCUGGGAUAGUGAGUGAUUAUACACAUCCAUUAUCCUCUUUCCCAGAUUAUGCUGUCCAGAUUUUCCAUGAUGCCAUAAAGACUGGGAAAUUCAAGUGUUACCUGAGGCCAGACACCCGGCUGCCCAUGAUGUACAUCGAUGACUGCCUGAAAGCCACGCUGGAGAUCAUGGAAGCCCCUGCAGAAUCCCUGACCAUGAGGACCUACAACAUCAGUGCCAUGAGCUUCACUCCUGAGGAGCUGGCCCAGGAGGUGCAGAAGUAUGUCCCUGAGCUCCAGAUGACCUACAACGUGGAUCAAGUCAGGCAGGCCAUAGCUGACAGCUGGCCCAUGAACUUCGACGACAGCAACGCCCGCAGGGACUGGGGUUGGAAACACGAUUAUGACCUCCCCGAGCUGGUGACCACCAUGUUUAGCUACCUUGGGUCUGACUCUAGGAUUGCCCAAGCUAACUGAAAUGAUUUCAGAUGUUUCCAGAUUUCCACAGAGGACCAGGAAGAAAUGGCUGAAUUUUAGUUUCUAAUUUUCUGAGUCUUAGAGCAUGUCAGUUACUAAUUUUUGUAAGUAGUGACAGAGUUGGGCAGAGAUGUCCUGUAGCUGGAAUGUCCUUUAGAUACUAAACAACAGCACUGGGUGCUGUCCCCAAACACAGCACUGCUGACAAACACAGAGUUCUUUAACUUAGGGAAAAACACCAAAAUAACACUUAUUCCUGGCUGAUGGCUCUCCAAUCAUUCCUGCCUCUUCCUUGGCAAACAAUGUGGGAUAGCACUGUCCAACCUGGCCUUUCAGGCAUAUCCCAAAAAGUGAACGAUAGGUUUUGCUUUUUCCUGGUGGAGGAUGUUAGGUUGUAGCAAGAACCUUUUUACUCUUUGCUUACAAAAAAGACAUCACAAGAGCUGUUUCAUGUUUCCAAAUUGCAGGGGGUUGUUGCAAUUCUAGUUUGAAAUCAAACUUUUCUCAAUAGCUCCUAUUUAUAUCUCUCUUCAGUGCUGUCUAAGCAUACAGUUUUCUAUACCUAGGGCAUACAGAGUAGCAUUCUUAUGAUGCUGCUUAUAAAUGUGAAGUGGAAUAGGACUUGAAUACUCAUCAUGCUUUAAAAAAACCAAGGUUUACAAGCAAAGCUUUGUCCUGUUCUCUGCAAGUGCUGCUGCCUUCAGUGCAGCCUCAGAGGGAGAGCUGAAAUCCGAAGAGCUGUUCCAUGGAUGUGAGCCUGGGUGGGAUUUCAGGGAGGCCAAGCCUCUGGCUGGGGUUUUUAGAAGUACUUUUGGUUCUCCCAGUUGUUUGGAGUUCCUGGAGCAAGUUUUAAAGGUGGGCUGAGGAUGGAGCCUUACUGUAGAAUCGGGUCACCCUUGGAAAUCUUUCCUGUUCACCCCAUUUUCCACGUGCACUGUGUUUGUAGAUGCUAUUUAUAUGUAACUCAUACCCUUUUAUUCUUCAGAGAGGGAUCCAGAAGCUGAAACCAUCUUCUAGCUACAGCUAAGGGCUGUUCUGCUCGUUGAGUUUCAUGCGCAGGAGAUUCUGGGAUGAACAAGGGAGUUUUAGUAGGUGUGUGAGAGGAAGAGGUGUCAGUUCAAAAGCUACUUAGGAGACUGCAGGAAAUGACAAACUGGAGAGACAGGAAAGCCAUUGUAGGUAAAAUACCAGUUUCCAUGGAUAUGCCUGAGCUGUCAGCUACUCCAGCUGAGAAACAGCCUCUGGGAGCUUUGGACUUUUAUUUUUUUCAAAGAAAAAAUACCUUUCAUUUUCAGAAUGACUGGAAAUUCCCUACAGGAAGCUCUCCUUUUUUGUUUUUCUUUCUUUUUUUUUUUUUUUUUUGUCUCAUGUACUCCAGUAGUGUGUGUAGGUAAAAAUAUUCAAGGUUUUUUUUGUUGUUUUUUUUUUUUUUUUUUUUUUUUUUUGCCUAUAACUUGUUUGCUCUGUUUUCUGUGAUGGUGCUUUGGUGGUUGUGAGUCUGCUGUGUUCUCUGUAACCCUGCCAUGAUCAGACUUUUGUCUCUUUGUGCAGGAGUUCUCCUGCAGGGAAUAUGUUUCCUCACAAAAGUAACCUUCCAGUGAAGAUUCUGUGGUGAAACCCAGUUAUUUGAAACAUUUGUUACACUUGUAUCUCUUGGUUUUGUACGUAUUUUAUCCUUUCGUCUGUGGGCAAAGUAGGAAUUUCCCAGGUAUUUAAGCUCAAGGGUCGUGGCUGUUACUGAAACAUUUUUAUAUUGUUUACAUUGCUGAAAGGACAAAUUUUUAAACUCUGGCCACUUUGUAACUCUCACGUAGCUCAAGUGUAAUUUUUGGCCCAAUGGGCUGGUGGAGUCGGCCUUCCCUUCACACCCUCUGAGGAGAGACUGGCUGGGCUUUGUCCUCUGCCCAAAAGGAUGGGAUCCAGACUGGAUUAUCUCCCAGGGACCUGGCAGGUGAAGGGCUGGAAAGGAGCUGAAGUGUCUUGUCCACUCCUCAGUGCCUCUGUUCCACCUUCAGGAAGUGUAAAAUAAAGAAUUGUUGAUGGGCCUCACUCCAUGUCCUUAUGUCAUAGUCCUGGGGACUGAUCCCCUCACCCUCAUUCCCAGCUCCAGUUUAAUUGGAGUCAACAAGAGGGAGGAGCAGGAAUGUUCUUUCUUGUGGAACACUGUCCUUGGUGGUGGAAUUACACAAAAACCUUGGAACAGGUGUCAUGGCAAAAAUGAAAUUCAAACCUAUGGCAUUUUGAACACAGUUUUGGUUUUCCUGCCAAGAUGUUACUGGCCUCAUUAGGAGCAGCCAUUUAAGCAACUUAAUUUUUUAAAAUCUGAAAUGAACAAUGUUCCUAUAGAGAGUGGUCUGGAGGAAACUGUGGUGACAAUCAGGGAAUGUUAUUAAACGUGUCUGCAAGGUCUGUGUCCUGUUUAAAAUGCUCAUUUUCAAUCUCACCAAUGAUCUGUAUAUUUUCCCCCCCCCAUGUUUUCCACAUCAACUUCUCUUGUAAUGAUGUCACAAUUUUUUUUCUGUAUUAAACCAACUUGAUGUGGUUCAAAAUAUGUACCUUUUUCUACCAGUUGUAAGUUUGACUUCUGGGCAGAGACUUCCCUCAUGACACUUGAGCACUGUGGCUGUUAAAUUACCUAUUCAGGACAAAAAAAAAAAAAGUUUAAAAAUAUGUUGUUAAUAAUAUUUUUUCAACUAUUGCUAGUUGUGGGUGAUGCCUACUUUAAUAAAAUCCUAUGCAGAUGGA